GGGUUUAAUAAUUACGUGAAGUGGAACGCCUUGUCUCGUCUUGCCACUAUGAAUUGACUCCAUUAGUUAACAUUUUAUGAUUGCAGCUGAUGGCGAAACCUUCCAAGACCUGCACUUCACUGACAUUGUCCUCUUCUGCAUCAGCAACAUCACUCUCCAAAGACUUGCCUCCUCAGUAUGUGGCGGCCACCCGUGAUUUCCUCAUAGACACAGGGAUUUACUCCUCCCUUUCCGACAAGUACAGUUCCAAGGAUUCGUAUUCUCAUCUCAUUCGCCAUCUUCUCAGUACUGAUAUCGUCCAACGUGGCCACGUCUCCUGCGUCUUCACCGUCUUGCCAUUCAUCAUUAACAUUUUUAACGGAUUAUUUGGAGGAGCAAUUGGAGGUAUAGCAGAGCGAGUUGCAAUUGCCUGUGCUAGAACUGUCGUGGGCCAAGAAAAGGAACUCUUUCUUGGUGAAUUGAGCAUUUCGUAUCUCUCUGCCGCACGCCAAAACGACGUGGUGGUGGUGGAUGGGUCUGUAGUGAGGAGUGGAAGAAACUUAAGUGCAGUUGUGAUUGAGUUCAGAAUCAAGAAAAGCUUGAAGCUGCUCUACACUGCUGAUGUCACCCUCUAUCACUUGCCCAUUGCCAAGUUAUGAAAUUCCUCAGUUUUUAUAGAACUCUCUAUUCCGUCUCUGAAUA